UACCGGAUGAAUACGCUGACGGCUGCUCGUGAGUGCGGCUCGCGACUGAUGGAUUCCGAUUGACCUGACGGACUGUGCCUGAUCCUAACUAAAGAGAGCAACAUUUUCUAUAAAGGUACCUGUUUAUUUUCUUUUCUUUGCGGCUCAAUUGAGUGAAGCGGCCGUGUGUUUUUUGGCCUCUACGAUCACAAGCAGCGAAACAGGCCUGCAACAGAUACUAAGGGUUAUUUAAAUUAUUUGCCGGCUUAGGAAUUUAUUUUAUUGAGUUGGAAACAUUUUUAUUUUUGUUUUAUUUUUUCCUUGAUACUGUUGACUGUUUAUUUUUCAGGUAAAUGUCAAUUUGAAAAAGGGACUCAUACACUUGUUUUAAUAGAAGCUUUAUUGAAAAGAAUACAUCACAUAUAUAUUUUCUUUCUUUCUUUCUCAUUGAUACCAUUUAAGUAAAUUCAAGUCUGAUUUAACUUUAUUUGUAUUUGUGGUAAUUGAGUAAUUCAUUUUUCCUGCUAUAUUGAGAUAAAAACAAAAUAGAUAGCAUUACAAAUUUAAGUCAAUACAACCCAUCAUAUUAAAGACCCAGGGCGUCACCCAUAAAAUUCACAGUUAGAGGAAGGGGGCGCUACACAAAAUGGAGGCACCGCUGGGAUGGGUUUUAUAAAUUUGUGGUCAUCUAGGCUGUUCAAUUGCAUCUAAAUUUCCUUGCUUUAAUUGCGAGAACAAUCAUGGAGUCUGUAUUGUACAAAAAAUACCAAGAUACACUCAGCAGUUGGUGUAAAGGAGAAGAACUUGAUCCAGCUCAUGCUAUACUGAUUGCUGGGGUGGCAGAGGAUGUCAGCAUUAGUCAAAUUGAAGAAUUGAUGCAAACUGUGCGCUGUUGGGGUCGUGUAAGAGUAAGAGGAAGGACCUACAGUGUUGAAGCAGGAGGUUUGCUGGUUCUGUGUGAAUGUAAAGAGGAAAUAAAACCACAGAUUGUUCCUGAAGUGCGGAGUGAUGAUGGUACUAUUGUGUGGCACAUAGUGGUGGUUGAUCCAAGGCCUGAUUCAUCAGAUGCAUCAGAGGACUUUGUUGGCAAGCUACAAAGUUUUUUGCAAGCUGAAGGUAAAACAAUUGCUGACCUCCAAGAUUAUGUAGCUACCUCAGCACCCGCUAAAGGUACUGAAGAAUUCUUCAUUCAUGCUAUGGCUGAAGUGAUGAAGCAGUCUAACAGAGGUAUGGCUGAAAGUCACAGUUAUCGUCGACUUCGAGUGUUUUCUGGGAUCACCCCUACCCCAAUGGGAGAGGAACAAGUUGAAUAUUGGCUUGAACAAGCAACAGUGAUGGUAGAGGGCAGUGAUUGCCCUGAAAAAGAGAAGAGACGUAGAAUAAUAGAAAGUCUGAGGGGUCCUGCACUAGAAAUUGUUAGGUCUUUGCGGUUUAGCAACCCUGAAGCUAGCUCAGAUGAGUAUAUUUCUGCAAUUGAUAGGGCUUUUGGAUCUCCAGAGACUGGAGAAGAUUUAUAUUUUGCAUACCGUCUCAUUCAACAAAAAUCUGGAGAGAUGUUAUCUGAUUAUGUACAGAGGCUGGAACCUUUUCUAGCCAAGGUUGUCAGAAAGGGGGGUGUAAGAGCUCAGGAUAUGAACAGAGUGAGAAUUGAGCAGUUGUUGCGAGGAGCAGUCGGGGCUGACAUUAUGCUUUUACAGUUACGUCUCAAAGAGAAAAGAGCUAACCCUCCUACAUUUCUUGAGCUGCUCAGUCAGAUUAGGGUAGAGGAAGAACAUGAACGCUCACGGCGUAAAGUCCAUGCAAGGGUUCGGAGUGUUGGAGCACAGGAUUGUGUAUCUGCAACUGAUCUUGAUUUGCAAGAGCUUAGAGCUGAUGUGAAGGCUCUACAAGAUAAAAUGUCUGAAUUGAAAGUGAAGUCCAACCCUGUCAGCAAAGUAAGUGUCAGCACAAAAGAACAGGUUAGGCAGUGUACAUCAGAUGAUAAAGCAAUUGGAGCCUCUGAAUUACAGAAAAAAGUUGAUAGACUGAGUCAGAAAGUGAAGACAUUGGAGAGUAGAGAGCCAGCUCAACCUGCUUCUGCCUCUGCUGUGAAAGUAAAAGUCGGUGAUAUUGGCAGUAAGAAACCUCUCUCCCAACAGGAGGAUGAUUUCUUUUGUUAUCGUUGCGGGGAGGAUGGUCACAUUUCAACUAAAUGUACUGCUACGCAGAAUGAGAAGAAGGUAAUCAGGAGGCUUAUUGCUUCUCUUCGGAAAGCUAAGGAGAAACAAAGUAGUUCUGAGGUCAGUUCCGACAAGGAAACCACACACUGCUCUGCUAGAACACAAAUGGUCCAGAACACAGCAUCAGUUGCAAUUCCGACUGGGUUGGUGGGACCAAUUUCUACUGUGACAUUGAAGGUAAAUGGUAACCCUUGUACUGCGCUGUUGGAUAGUGGGUCACAAGUGACCAUUGUAUUUGAGAAAUGGUACCAGGAACAUCUGUCACAUAUCCCUAUUCAACCAGUAUCAGGAUUGGCUAUUUGGGGACUUAGUGACGAAAGUUACCCCUACCAAGGUUAUAUAGUGGUGGAUGUUCAGUUUCCUAAAGAAUUAACUGGCACUCUAGAAACCUUGUCAGUGCUGGCACUUGUGUGCCCUGGUCCAAAUACUCCUGAUCAGACUCCUGUAAUAUUGGGGACUAAUGCCAGUUUGUUCCAAAGACUGUUUGCUCUUUGUGACAAAGAGAAGGGUAGCAAUCUGGUUCAUGUUUUCAAUAUAAAAAGCUUUCUGCCAGACAGCCUACCUGAGUCUACUGUGUUCAAAGCAAGGCAGGGUGGUGAGGAUGACAUUGUGGGUCGGCUGAAAUGGAAAGGGCCUGGCUCUAUAACCAUUCCACCAGAAGACAUUUGUUGUGUUAGCUGUCAAGCAGAGUUUUCUCAACCAGUGACUAAGGGUAUAGUUUUGGUGGAGGCUGAUGAAGUAACACCAUUGCCGCAAGGAUUGAUGGUUCAACCUAUGGUAGCUUUAGCUUCAGCUGUAAAUGGAGAGAAUUUCUCUGUGCUUGUGCAGAAUGAGACCAAGCGAGAGGUUAUCAUACCUGAAGGUGCUUUGUUAGGGAAUGUGCAAGUUGCAGAUAUGGCUGUUCCACCGGCGAGAGUGAGUAAACCUGAGGAGAUAGAUCCAAGUCUUUUUGAUUUUGGGGAUUCUCCCAUUCCUGUGGAAUGGAAAGAAAGGCUUAGACAAAAAUUAAUGCAGAAACGAAAUGUUUUCUCCCUACAUGAGUGGGAAGUGGGACUGGCAAAGGGGGUGGAGCAUUGUAUCCAAUUGUCGGACACCCGUCCUUUCCGUGAAAGAUCAAGGAGGAUCGCUCCUGCAGAUAUAGAGGAUGUACGUAGACACUUGAAGGAUUUACUAGAGGCAGGGAUAAUCAAGGAGUCUAGGAGCCCAUAUGCUUCUCCUAUAGUAAUCGUUAGGAAGAAGAGUGGCAAAAUCCGUAUGUGUAUAGACUACAGAACCCUCAAUAGUAAGACUAUUCCUGAUCAAUAUACAACCCCACGGAUUGACGACGCCCUGGAUUGUUUGGCUGGAAGCCGCUGGUUCUCUGUGUUAGACCUUCGAAAUGGGUAUUAUCAAAUACCCAUGUCUGAACCAGACAAAGAAAAAACAGCCUUUAUCUGCCCGUUAGGGUUUUAUCAAUUUGAAAGAAUGCCGCAGGGGGUUAUGGGGGCCCCUGCGACAUUCCAACGUCUCAUGGAAAAGGCUGUUGGAGACAUGAACUUGCUCCAAGUGUUAGUAUAUCUUGAUGACCUCAUUGUGUUUGGAGCUACAUUGGAGGAGCAUGAGGAAAGACUCCUCAAGGUGUUAGAUUGUCUGGAGGAGGUAGGUCUCAAGGUUUCAUUGGACAAGUGUCAGAUAUGUAGGGAUAAAGUCAAAUAUGUCGGUCACAUAGUCUCAGCAGAUGGGGUAUCAACCGACCCAGACAAAAUCGAAGCAGUUGCUAAGUGGCCGCAGCCAACUGAUCUGAAGUCCCUCCGCUCUUUCCUGGGCUUCUGUGGUUAUUACAGGAGAUUUGUGGCAAACUACUCUGCCAUAGUUAAGCCUUUGACAGAGCUUACGAAGGAGUAUCCUCCCAUUCGAAAAGGAAAGAAACAAAAGUCUCUCCCUGAUCAGACAUAUCAUGAUGAAUCAGAACCUUUUGGUUCUAGAUGGACUGAUUCCUGUACUGAAGCCUUCCAUAAGAUCAUUGACUGUUUGACUCAUGCACCUGUAUUAGCGUUUGCUGAUCCCACCAGGCCAUAUGUCUUACAUGUGGAUGCCAGCCUAAAAGGGCUGGGGGCUGUGUUGAAUCAGGUGUAUCCUGAGGGGUUACGUCCCGUUGCAUUCGCUAGCCGAGGGCUCAAUGUCGCUGAACAAAAGUAUCAUAUCCACCAGCUUGAAUUUCUCUCCCUUAAGUGGGCGGUGGUAGAGAAAUUUCACGACUAUUUGUAUGGUGUGAAAUUUACUGUGGUGACGGAUAACAAUCCGCUCACUUAUGUGUUGACCACUGGAAAGCUCAAUGCCACUGGGCAUAGAUGGCUUGCAGCCUUGGCGACUUAUGAUUUUGAGAUAAAGUAUCGUCCGGGCCAUACAAACAUUGAUGCAGAUCUACUAUCAAGACGUUGGAAUGACUCGCAUACUGAAAUGUGGAAACAUCUUUCAGAGGUUGAGGUGAAAGGAAUAUGCAAUUGUAUCCAGUUGGGAGACUCAGCCAGUGCAGAGCGACUAGUUGACAGGUUAGGGGUGCCUGCAGAAGGUAUUCCCAAGCUAUAUGCAUUUGCAACUAAUCUUGGAAUGGCGCAGUUGGAACAAUUCACUAGAAGUGAUUUGAGGAGGGCCCAAGACAUGGAUGAUGUCAUAGGAGUGGUAAAGAAGUUUGUGAAUGCAGAUCUCUGGCCAUCUAAUUUGAGUCAGUAUCCCCAAGAGGUAACGUUAAUGAAGCGUGAAAGUGAAAAGCUGAGAAUCAAAGAUGGAUUAUUGCACAGAGUUCUGAAAGAUGUAUCAGGAAAUGAAACGUUUCAGUUGGUGUUACCUGACAAGUUUCGGUUACAAGUGAUUAAAGCUUUACAUGAUGACUUGGGCCAUUUGGGGGUGGAACGCACGACAAGUCUAAUUAGGGACAGGUUCUACUGGCCUCGGAUGGCACAGAUGGUAGAAGCUUAUGUGAAAAAUUGUGGCAAUUGUGUUUCAUGGAAGAGUACUCGUACACGGGCAGCUCCACUGCAUCAGAUAACUUCAGGGGGUCCUAUGGAACUGGUGUGUAUUGAUUUUCUGACACUGGAGUUUGAUACAGCAGGGUUUAGUAAUAUACUUGUUGUCACAGAUCACUUUAGUAGAUAUGCACAAGCAUAUCCUACCAAAGAUCAAAAAGCAGUCACUGUAGCUAAGGUGUUGGUCGAGAAGUUUUUUGUCCAUUAUGGAUUACCCGCCCGAAUCCAUUCGGAUCAGGGUCGGGAUUUUGAAGGACGAGUGAUCCAAGAGCUCUUAAAGAGUUUAGGGAUUCGUAAAUCCCGAACAACACCCUAUCACCCCCAGGGUGAUCCACAGCCAGAACAUUUCAAUAGAACGUUGCUGUCGAUGUUAGGAACUUUGAACACUACACAAAAAAGGCAGUGGAGCCGUUAUGUGAGUCAACUUGUACAUGCAUAUAACACUACGAAGAGUGACGCCACUGGGUAUUCACCAUAUUAUCUCAUGUUUGGUAGGGAGGCUAGGCUACCGGUGGAUAUUUGUUUUGAGACUGAGGCAGAGAGAGUCAGUCAUUCUCAAUAUGUAGAAGGACUGAAGAGAGAUUUGAAACGAGCCUAUGAUCUUGCAGAGGAAACAGCGACUAAAGUGCACAUAAAAAACAAAAAAGCUUACGAUAAAGUCGUGCGACACCAGACAUUGGCUGAAGGUGACAGAGUGUUGGUGGAGAAUCUUGGUCUUCGUGGAAAACAUAAACUGCAGAGUAAAUGGAAUCAAUUGCCGUAUGUAGUGGUGAAUAAAUACCAAGAUUUGCCCGUAUAUACGAUCAAGCCAGAGAAUGGGAUGGGUCGCACAAGAGUCCUUCACAGAGAUCACUUGCUGCCUAUUGGGCAGACGGUUAGGAUCCCCCAAGAGAACGACCCACCGCCUUCCGUGAAUAGGCCUAUAACUCGAAAUCAGAGAGGUACCUGUUAUAGUGAUGAUCAUAACAUGCAGUUUUCAGUAUCACAGAGUCUGAGAGAGGUUGAUGAGAAUAGUGAGACAGAAAACGAGUUUGAAACAUGUUUUCAUGGAAAAGAACACCAUGAGACUCUUGAAAAGCAAGUUCCUGAAACAAUUGAGAAUGAUAAUUCUGAGGAAGGUGAACUUAUAGAAAUCCACACUGCAGAUAUGAGUGAUGGUGUAGAACAUUUUCAGGAUGGGGAAAAACCAGGUAGUCAAGAGAGAAGCCCAGAACCCCUACAAUUAGAAAGCGAUGGUUCAGUAUCUGAUGUAGAAGAACAGAUUGAGGUGAAUUUCCCUAGAAGAUCUCAGAGGAAAGUGAAACCUGUCCUUAAACUUACUUAUGAUGAGUUGGGGAAGACGACAGAUCAUCCUCUGACUAUUGUACAUAGGGGAAUAAUUAUUAAAAUAGGUUCAAAUUAAAUUAAGUACAUUGGUCUCAUGGGGCAUGAGGACCAUUUAAAGGGGGGGGAGAGUGUAACCCAUGUGGGUAUUUGUUAUGGGUUUCUGAUUUAGAUAAAGUUUUGUUUGUAAAUUUGUAUAAAGUUAGGUUAAAAUGUACUGUGGAAAAUGUGCUCUGAGAUAACCUAAAUUGCUGGGUCUGUCAUUUUAAUUUCUUUAUUAUUUGAUUGGGCGCUUUGUGAAUAAUGACCUAUCAGGUAUCAGGAUAUGUAGGAGGGGCGGGACAAGGAGGAGAAGGAGAGAACGCACGAGAGAAGCAGAACAGGUGUGAGAUGUAGGCGAGACAACUCUCUGAAAGUGUGAAUUGUCUAUAGAAUAGUGCACUUUAUAGUUCAUCUCGAGGAUAUUAGAGUGGACUUUGAACUGUGUUACUGCUGGCUAAGCGUGACCGCGAUGUUCGAGUUUAUUUAAAGUGCGUCACAGACGAGAACGGAAGAACCACUGGCGGCGAGCCAGUACAUUCUACGUGAACUGUCUAUAUCGUGCUAGUUAUGGAGGAGAACGACAACGACUGUUGUGUUCAUGGUACAUUCGGGAGUCUCGUGCACUGUUGAACGGAGCGAGAGGAUACCGCGUUGAGAGCUGAGCUACCGGAUGAAUACGCUGACGGCUGCUCGUGAGUGCGGCUCGCGACUGAUGGAUUCCGAUUGACCUGACGGACUGUGCCUGAUCCUAACUAAAGAGAGCAACAUUUUCUAUAAAGGCGUCACUCCUCCUAAAGUGAGCGUCCUGCCGCCCUCCAGCGCAGAGAUCUCCUCUCUGAACACAGCGACACUGGUGUGUGUGGCCAACAAGGGCUUCCCGUCAGACUGGAGCCUGAGCUGAAGGUGGACGGGAGCA